AAUGGCAAAUUUACAUGGUUAUGGAGAAUAUCAACCAGAUUAUUAAUAAAGAAGACAACAAAGAACAUUGCACGAUUAUUUUGGAGACAGUAUAAAACGAUUUCCAUUUAUUGGUUAUUUCUAUUUUUGAAUAAAUUAGGAGCUUAAGUUGUAAAAACGAAUCCCCGAUAAAUGCAUUACUAUGAAAUGUUAUAGAAUAAUUAUUUUCCUGGAUACAAGAUACAAUCUGUUACAACUUUAGCUAUUUUUGUAUAUACUUUACUAUUUACUCUAUGUAUAUUUGGAGGAAUUGAAAAAUAAGGAUAAUUUCUAGAAAUUAAUGAUGCAACACUUUUAAGUCAUGGAGGUUUAGUUACAAAUCAAAUCAAGAAUGAGUUCAUGUUCUAAUAAUUAUUUACUAGCAUCUUUUUGAGUAGAGAUUUUUAUCACUAUUUUUGCAUUAUUUUCUUUUUACUCAUAUUAUUAUCCAGUUUUGAAUAUGCAUCAGGUCCAAUUAUAGCAAUUUCUUUAUAUAUUUUUAGUGGAGCUAUGGGAGCAUUAUUUGGAAGUUCUAUUAAUUGUUGUACAGAUCUAAUUUAUUUACAUGCAAAUACUGCUAUAUAUGGAUUAAUAGGAGCAUUCUUUGGAGUAAAAUUCUAUUUUUAUUUAGUGUAUAAUAUUAAAUUGGUGUUCACUUGAAGUCUUAAAUGAAAUGAGAGCAUUUUUAUGUUGUUUUAUGUGGAUUCUAUUGACAUUUGUCUUAGUCAUCACAUUAUCAGCUAUUAACACAAAUCAUAAUGAUAAAUAUGGUUAAAUUGGAGGAUUUAUUACAGGAUUCUUCCUAUCAUUAGCUAUUGUACCACCUAUGAAUUAAGGAUCUUAUGAAGAUAAAGCCAAAAUAUUUGGUUGGACAUUUUUAGGAAUCUUUGCUUUCAUCAGUACUUUGAUGAUUAUCGUGAUAUGAUA